AUGGAUAUCUUGUCUCUUUUCUGCAAAGCUUCAGGUGAGAACAUCAAUAUGGACAAGUCCAACAUUAUGUUAUCUAGGAAUACUCCAAAUGGUAUUAGAAAGAAUAUCCUUGUUAAGUCGAGAUUUAGGGAGACCUCGUCCCUUGGCACCUAUAUAGGAGUUAUGCUAACUGGAAAGAGCCCUAAAUACAGAGACUUUCAGUAUCUUAUUGAGAAGGUCCAAGAAAAGCUUGCACAUUGGAAGUGA